AUGGCGCUGAGGUUCUCUACAAAUAACAUCCACAGCAAGCUCGGUGACUUGAAUAUCGACUCACUGCCGGAAUCGAAAGAGCUGUUGGCAUCUGAUCAGCCAUCUUACGCCACUAAAUCACUUCUUUCGACGUCAUUAGCAGGAGAGAAUUACUCCACUCAAAAACCAGACCUUCAGCGGUUUCUGAUGGAAGAACUACUGAAGAACUUGACCGACGAACAUCCAGAGCCCGAGUUGUUGGCCACCUCUGUGGGUAAGGACAACGAUGGGCGGCUACUUCCAUCUUCCUCCACCAUAUCACUUCUAUCUCUCAGCAACAACGCAGUGUCUGUAUCCACCAACUACCUGGACUUUACACCAGUGCAGAAGCAGGCACCUCCUGUUGUGCCUUCAGGUGUGCCUGCGGUGCCCAUGGCACCUAUAAUGGACCGUAAGAACUCUUAUAAUAACAUGCGCUCGCGAAACUCGCUCACACACUUGAGUCAGCAGCGCUUGCAGCCAUACCAAAAGCUUACGUCGCCCACAGUGGGCUCUAGUGCGGAGUUCUCGUCCAUGACGAGCCCGCAAAACAUUCCCAUGCCGAGAAACCAGAGCUUUAUGACUCCGGACUCGCCAAACUUGGACCCAACUUCGCUCGGAGGAUCUCCAUCUCGCUUCUGGUUGAGCUCACAGACACCUCCAAGAUCACUUCUGAAUUCGCUCUCCAAGUCAAGAACCCACAUUUUCCCGUUCACGCAGAUCCAUAGCCAACCCCACGGCCAGCACACGCACACUUCAGUGCAGACAGUUCAGACGACGGGCCAGGUGCCAAUUCCACACUCUUCCAGCGUAGGAUCUAUGCAUUCUGUGUCCAAGGCCAUCAACAUCAAUAAAGCGGGAGGUGAGUCGCCGGUUCUCAACCCGGUGCAGACACCACUGGAAGAUUUUCCAAUGACUCCGUUGUAUUUGAAUGGUGGGGGCGACAAUUAUUUUGUUCUCACCAAUGGGCUGAAUGUACGGGAUUAUCUGCACGGAGGGUUUAAUGGCAUUGAGGAGAAUGAACGGGAGGAGGAAGAUGAGGACUGUAGCAUGGAUGAGUAUAAGGACGUUGUCUGA